AUUCAGACUGGUCAAGGAAGUACCACCUACAACAUUAUACACUAGUUAGUUUUGGGACAGCUGAUCAGCAGCCGUACGAGACGUUGCAUAUUUACUUUGAAGCCAUGACAGUAGCGGAUGUUGAGUUGAGAUCUACGAAGUCCGGUCCAUAUUACGUUUCUAUUGUCGAUAUAUUGAUAACUUUGGCGAUAAAUUAUCAUCGUCCAAGGCAAUAUGACACGCGUGCGAGGUGGUUACUGGACAUACUACAACGACACGACGAUCCCGUCCAUCAAACAACAUCUUCGGCACAUUCUGAGCUGUCAAUAUGGCCGACCGUUACUCUUUCUCCCUCACAACAUUCUCUCCGUCCGGAAAACUCGUGCAAAUCGAGUAUGCUCUCAACGCUGUUGCUCAAGGUGUUACCAGCAUUGGCAUCAAAGCCACAAACGGUAUCGUGAUCGCAACUGAAAAGAAAACUCCCUCGUUUCUUGUUGACGACUCGACGAUGGAGAAAGUGGCCGUUAUCUCCUCGAACAUUGGCAUGGUAUAUUCAGGAAUGGGACCAGAUGCUCGUGUACUGGUGGAUAAGGCCCGUAAGAGUGCGCAAGAAUACAAACGAGUGUACCAUGAGGAGCCGCCCACCGUAAUGCUGGUCAAAGAGGUUGCAAGCGUUAUGCAGGAAUUUACACAGAGCGGUGGUGUGCGCCCGUUUGGCGUGUCGCUUCUUAUUGCUGGAUUCGACGAGACUGGGCCAGCGCUGUACCAGGUAGAUCCAUCAGGAUCUUACUGGGCGUGGAAGGCAAGCGCGAUAGGGAAAAACAUGGUUAAUGCAAAGACAUUCCUGGAGAAGAGAUACAAUGAAUCGAUGGAAAUUGAGGACGCAGUACACACAGCCAUCCUGACUCUGAAAGAAGGCUUCGAAGGUCAAAUGACUGAAUCAACCAUCGAAAUUGGUAUUGCACAGCUGGUGGAGGAGGUCUCUUUCGACGGUCAGACAUCCAAAGUCGGCAAGUUUAAGAAACUGAGUGGAUCAGAGAUCAAAGACUACUUGGCAAAUAUUGCAUAAAAUUGUACAUUUCGGUAACAUAGCUAGUAAACCAGA